CAGCAGCUUUCACAUCCGGGUGUCUCUCGCUCCUCUUCACUCUCAAUCCGCUCCCCUUUCCUACGAUCUCAGCCGGGGGAGUACUGUGGGUAGAGAAGACUCCCGUGUUUCUUCUGUCGCUGUCUAGUCCAGGGACUCUCGAAGCGGCCAUUACCCGCACAGCUGGUCGCUCAUGACGCGGGCUCCGCUGAAGGUGGUGCACGGCGCCGAGCCCUCCUCGUCUGUGCGACAUCUCCGCGCUCAAGUAGCAUCGCUUGCUAACGUUAGCUAACAACAUAGAUCUCUCCGCCACUCCUGCACUCUCUCCCCAGACACGCCACUGCGCUACAGAUCCGUCAUAUCAGCGCUUGAGUGACAGCUAAGACUGGACCACGGAGGGGUUGCCGCCCUCCGGUUACUAAUCUGUUAUCGCUGGGAACGUAUCCUCCCCUAACGUUCCAUGAUAGUUAGGGCCCGUGGCUCCACAGUAGCCCCUCACUUUUAACCAAGCAAAGCAGCGUUUAAAUGACAAACAAUUCCUUCGCGUCCACUUUUGGAGUCGCUUUCUUUUCUACCUCAACACCCCGAUGCCUGCUCGGUCCUCCUCGUAACCUCAGCUCUUGAUUCCCAACUCCUCGGGACCGAUCCAGCUGCCACUGACAAUCCGGUGAGGGAGAGCUGCCCGGCCGUCCUUCUGUCCACGCGCUCCUCGUGUCACUUCUUUCAGUGCAGAAGGAAGAUAACCGACCUGUUUGUUAGAACCUCUUCUUGGUCUACAACUGCAACCCAGUCCAGAUUCUCCGUGACCGCCCCGCUCCCUCCGAGCCACGGUACUCGCCAUGCCGGGUCCGGUGGCCGGUAGCAAGUCCCGAGUGUACGCUGAUGUCAAUUUGCUCAAGAGCCGGGAUUACUGGGACUACGAGGCCCACAUACCCAACUGGAACAACCAGGAGGACUACCAGCUGGUCCGUAAACUGGGCAGAGGGAAGUACAGUGAAGUGUUCGAGGCCAUCAACAUCACCAACAAUGAGAAGGUGGUGGUCAAGAUUUUGAAGCCGGUCAAGAAAAAGAAAAUCAAGCGCGAGAUCAAAAUCCUGGAGAACCUGCGUGGUGGGACCAACAUCAUCCGACUGGUGGACACAGUCAAAGACCCUGUGUCAAGAACUCCCGCACUCGUCUUUGAAUGCAUCAAUAACACAGACUUCAAGGAGUUGUACCAGAAGUUGACAGACUAUGAUAUCCGUUUUUAUAUGUAUGAACUACUGAAGGCUCUGGACUACUGUCACAGUAUGGGAAUCAUGCACCGUGACGUCAAACCCCACAAUGUGAUGAUUGACCACCAGUUGAGAAAGCUGCGCCUUAUAGAUUGGGGAUUGGCUGAGUUCUACCACCCUUCCCAGGAAUACAAUGUCAGAGUGGCGUCACGAUACUUCAAAGGUCCCGAGCUCCUGGUGGAUUACCAGAUGUAUGAUUACAGUCUAGACAUGUGGAGCUUGGGCUGUAUGCUUGCCAGUAUGAUCUUCCAGAAAGAGCCCUUCUUCCAUGGGCAGGACAACUAUGACCAGCUGGUGCGAAUUGCCAAAGUUCUGGGGACCGAUGAGCUGUUUGGCUACCUGCGUAAAUACCACAUUGAACUGGAUCCACGCUUCAAAGAUCUGCUCGGACAACAGAGCAGGAAGCGCUGGGAACAGUUUGUGCAGACUGAGAACCAGCACUUGGUGAGUCCUGAAGCUCUGGACCUGCUGGACAAGCUGCUACGUUACGACCACCAACAGAGACUGACUGCCACAGAGGCCAUGGAGCACCCAUAUUUUUACCCUGUAGUAAAGGAGCAGUCUCUGUCAAACUCUGACAACAUGGUUUCUAGUGGCAACACCACAGCUCGAUGAAACACAGAAAGGGGAAAGAAGAAGGAUGUUUGUUACCUCAACUUUGUCCGCGGUUGUGACAGUAACUUUGACAAGUGUACAGUGACAAUGGAUCAAAGUAACUCAGACCAGUUAUUCACAGAUAUGUGCAUACAGACACACACACGAACGCACACACACACGCAGGCAGGUAUACACACACCCUCCUCCUCUGUAUCAGUCUGUGAUUGGCUUGUUCUGGUGUCCUGUCCAGCAGCCUGACCAAUGAGCUUGAAGCUGGUACUCCCCUCCCACCCUCAUCCCCUCAGAUGGUCGCUUUCCUCCCAUGUCAGUCUCAUGUACAAGGACAAACUACUGUUAAAGACACUUCAAGUCCUGUUCUGUCACUCCCGACCCCGCCAUCCUUCCUUUAUAUCAACCCCUCUCUUUGUUCGCAUCAGCAUGGAAGAUGGACAGGAGUGUGACCCUGUACAAGCCACCACCACCAGCCCCCUCCCACCAGACAUGUUCCUCCAUGCAUCUGUCUGUCUGUCCUCCUUGCCAUCGUGUAUUCUGACAGACAAACGUCUUAGCACUACUCCAGUUCUGAAAGUGGCAUGGUGGACUCUCUCUAGCUAGAAUGAUAAUAAUAUUAAUGAAGAAUAAAUGAUUUUUAUUUAGAUGAA